AUGAAGGACAAGAAACAGAGCAAGUAUCCCUUCAUCCAGAAGUCCUUCAACCAGAGCCUGGCCGAGUGGAAGCUCUUCAUCUAUAACCCCAACACCGGACAGUUCCUAGGGCGCACCGCCAAGAGUUGGGGUUUGAUCUUGCUCUUCAACCUAGUCUUCUAUGGCUUCUUGGCUGCUCUCUUCACAUUCACAAUGUGGGUCAUGCUCCAGACACUGAAUGAUGAAGUUCCCAAAUACCGCGACCAGAUUCCCAGUCAAGGACUUAUGGUUUUUCCAAAACCAAUGAGCGCCUUGGAAUAUUCAUUCAGUGUGUCUGACGCACAGUCCUAUGAAAGAUACAUUGAAGACCUUGACCGUUUUCUAAAGUCAUAUAGUCCAGAAGAACAGAAGAACCUCACAGUGUGUCCUGAAGGAAUACUUUUUGAACAAAAGGGCCCUGUUUAUUCUGCAUGUCAGUUUCCUCUGGAUUUACUUAAAGACUGCAGUGGCUUGAUGGAUCCUAACUAUGGCUAUUCCAAAGGAAACCCUUGUGUUCUUGUGAAAAUGAACCGAAUAAUUGGAUUAAAGCCUAAAAGAGAACCGAAGGUAGUAUGUACGUCAAAGAAUGAACAGAUGGCACAUGUAACAUACGCUUCCGUGGGAAAUAUAGACUUAAAAUAUUUUCCAUAUUAUGGGGAAAAAUUACAUGUGGGGUAUCUGCAGCCAAUUGUUGCCGUCCAGGCAUUCUUUGGUCCUCUUAACGUUACCAAGAAAGAAGCCACAUUUGACUGCAAGAUCGAGGGAGUAUCCAACCUGAAAAACCAGGAUGACCGUGACAAAUUUUUAGGACAGGUUACAUUCAAAAUCACAGUGAAUGCAUAG